AUGCGCUUCAAGACGCAGAUACGAAACGUGAGCGUCUUUUCGAAGUUCUGUGCCUCACUAGCAUCCCUCGACGCUCUAGCACUCUGCCGUCUCACCGACGAAGAUGUCCAAUUCACAGUCAUCCCCGACAAGGGCAGUCAGAUGUGGAGCAGUCUCAAGCUCGACACUGUCUUCGAGAACUACAUCAUCCAAAGCGCCGCCGAGAAGAACACGAUCAAUCUCGAAGUGCCUAUCCAAGCGCUCCAGCGGGCACUCAAGUCAGCACUCAAUGCCACGUCUGUGCAGAUCCGGCUUACCAAGAAGGACAACGUGCCGAUGCUAUCCCUUACGAUCGUGACCAACAGCAUCACCAGUGGCAACGGCGUGGUUGCACCUGGGUCGUCUGCACGGAUUAGUGAUGAGUAUGGCGACUUUGAUCUCGCUGAGGACAUUGAAGGAUUUGGAGAUGGAUCAGUGAUUACUGGCCGAGAGCGGGAGACACUGAUCACCCAAGACGUCCCGGUGAAGGUGCUCGCCCAGCAGACUGUGGCGCAUCUACAUGAGCCCAUCACCCCACCGUCCGACGUCAACAUCUUUCUUCCAAGUCUGGCCCAAGUCAAGAGUGUUUCCGAAAGAUUCACCAAGCUGGCACUCGCGACCACGAAGUCAUCUACCAGUACCGCAGCUCCACGACUGGAGCUGAGUGCUAAUAUGCACGGCACGUUCAAGAUAGCUAUCACAACCGAUGCCCUAUCGAUUUCCAGCAAAUGGACCGGAUUGACGCAUCCGGAGCUGGAGCCGAGCAUGUUUGAGAAUGGAUCACAGGGCGUUAGAGACGAUCCUAGCACCAAGAAGAAGGAGUUGGGCGGUGCUGAUGGCCAAAAUCCGGCUGGAUGGACGACCGUGAGGAUUGAUGGGAAGGACUUCAAUCGUGUGCUCAGUGUGGGACGACUGAAUUCUCGUGUGAUUGCGACUUUCAUUCCCGAGCAUGGACUGGUGCUGUAUGUCUAUUUACCGAAUGAUGAGAAUCCUGCAGAAGAAUCUGUUCUUACGUACUACAUCAGCUCAUUCAGUGCUUGA